AUGUCAGGAAAAAAAUCCCGAAAAUUUUGCAUCACUGUGGGAUUCAUGUGCAAUGCAAAGGGAAUGGAAAAAUGGCCAAUUUUCAACAUUGGCAAGUCAAAGCAGCCCUGCUAUUUUGGAAAGAAAUUGCCAGCAGAGCAUGGGUUCUGGUACCGUAACAAUAAAAUAGCAUGCAUGACCUCUGAAAUCUUUGAGGAGAAGCAUGGGCCAGUAUCAGUGCUGAUACCAUUAAAAAUUGUUGGGAGCACGCUUUUGCAAUGUUAUAUUUUCCCCCUGCUAAACACGAUUAAGACAAGUGACAUUGCAGGAAAGGACUUGGAUGAUCUGACCUGUGAUCCUGCAGCAUGGUUAAUUAUUCUCAAGUUCACAAAUAGCACCAUCAGCUCAUUACCAGAGAUCAAAAACCUCCUUCAUGCCCAUCUUGGGGCCUGCUUCAAUUUCUCCCAGUGGAAACUGGCCAUUGACACAGUCAUGGCAGCUGUUACAGCUGCCAAUGAGUUGCAGCAGAAGGCACUGAUUCCCAGUGAAAACAGAACAUUUCCCGCUGUCCCCAUGUCACACCUGUUGCACCCUGAACUCAGUCAGGUUGUGUCUGAGUUAAUGCAAAUAGUGGUGCUGAGUUUGACAAGGGGAUAUGGAUGGUGA